AUGGCCACCUCCAUGCAUCCUCUCUUGCUGAGCGUGUUGCUGGCCGUCCUGCUGGGUUUGACCUCACUGGGUGGACUGGGCCCUCGGUCGUCUGGUCAGGCUCUGGCCCAGGUCCCCGCCAACAACCAGACCGAGUCCUCUAUGGUGUCGGAGGUCGCCCUGGCCACGCCCACACCAGAAACCGAGGACCAAACGGUUCCUAGCGACGGCAAAAGAUGCUGGGGCUACUAUGAUGUCAUGGGCCAGUGGGACCCCCCCUUCAACUGUAACGCGGGCAUCUACCUGUUCUGCUGCGGCUCCUGCUUCUACCGCUUCUGCUGCCAGUUCAAAAUUCACAGUUUGGACCAGACGUCCUGUUCCAACUACGACACGCCCGUGUGGGCCAACACCGGGAAGCCGGCGGAACCCGUCACAGAGGUCCACGAGGAACCAGACCGGGACCGGACCCACAUGAUCGUGUAUAUUAUCUGUGGAGUGGUGGCCAUCAUGGUGUUGGUCGGGAUUUUCACCAAACUGGGGCUGGAGAAAAGCCAAGGAGGACAGACGGACAUGACCAACUCCAGGACUCUGACGGAGCUCCUGAAGCAGCCAGGGGAGGCAGGAGUGGUGGACGGAACCGGGGUUCAUCAUCCGAUUGGCACCAACGGCAUCUCGGCCAGGGCGCUGCGCUCCAACAACGAUCACAACCAUUUGAACAACGCAGCUUUGUCUCCCCUGGGUCCAGCCAUGGCCUUGUCUCACCCUCAUAACAACCUGGGAAUCGGUUUCAACAAGUACACCUCGCUCAAGGCUGUGGACACGACCCCGAGAGACUACUACAAGAGCUACCCGAUGGUCGACUACACCCACCGCCAGUCCCCUCCCACUUUCCAGCCAAUCAACUUCCAUCCCAAGGACAAGCCCUUCCUCCCGCCGCCCGACAUCCACGCGCCACUGGCCAUCACCAUCAACACCUCUCAGAUCCCCAAGCCCAAGAUCGCCAAGACCAACACGCAUCCGCUCACCUCCAGCUCGGCCUUCAAAGUGUGGGACCCCAGUAAGAGCCACGCCCCCCACCCGGUGGCCACCCACAUGGUGCUCCAGGGGCAGCAGCAUCAGCAUCAGCUUCAGCAUCAGCACCAUCAGCCGCUGCACCAGCAGAACAGCCGGCGCCAGGCCUACUCCAACAAGAGGCAGUUCAGCAUCGAGACGCUGCCCGAGCUCUUCUCGCAGCCGCUGGGCUACGGCCACUCGCCGCGCAUGAACCCCAAGCACAAGGGACUGGCCACCAACAGCAAGACAGAGGUCACUGUCUGA